AUGGCUAGUGAUAGUGCUUCUAUUGUGAGUAGUGUCUUUGAAUUGGCAACUCAGCAGAAAAGAGUACGCCAUUUGAAAAGUGUAGCUGUACGAAAUAUAAUUUUCAAAAACCAACUGGCCAAUGAUAUAAAUAAAGUGAAGACUUUUUUCACAUUACACACGGACAAGAAAUCUAAAGGAAUCUCUCUCUCUCUUUUUCUCUCUCUCUCUCUUCUCUCUCUCUCUCUUUCUCUCUUUUCUCUCUCUCUCUCUCUCUUCUCUCUCUCUUUUCUCUCUCUCUCUCUCUCUCUCUUUUCUCUCUCUCUCUCUCUCUCUUUUCUCUCUCUCUCUCUUUUCUCUUUUUCUCUCUCUCUCUUUCUCUCUCUCUUUUUCUCUCUCUCUUUUUCUCUCUCUCUCUUCUCUCUCUCUCUCUCUCUUCUCUUUUCUCUCUCUCUCUUUUCUCUCUCUCUCUUUUUCUCUCUCUCUUUUUCUCUCUCUCUUUUUUCUCUCUCUCUCUUUUCUCUCUCUCUCUUUUCUCUCUCUUUUUCUCUCUCUCUCUUUUUCUCUCUCUCUUUUCUCUCUCUCUUUUUUCUCUCUCUCUUUCUCUCUCUCUCUUUUCUCUCUCUCUUUUCUCUCUCUCUUUUCUCUCUCUCUCUUUUUCUCUCUCUCUCUUUUCUCUCUCUCUCUCUCUCUUUUCUCUCCUCCUUUUUUUUUUUUUUUUUUUUUCAAAUGACUUUACUAAUUACCCUCUUUCCUUCUCCCAAAAUGCCUGUUGCCUACCAGGACACAAUGACCAAAAUGUUUGAAAAAAUUUCAGGCUCAUUGAAUCCAACUUGGCAAGCAUUUGAUCUUACCAGUAAAUCAGAAGAGAUUGAUACAAGUAAAAAAUCUCUAUUGGUGAGAGUGUGGGUUGGACAAGAUGUCUUUAAAUUGUUCUUGGAGUGGGAGUUAUAUUUUUCCUGUCUUCAGUUACAGGAUAGCAAGGCAUUAAAAGAUGGAAUCAAGUUCCCUCCGAAUAGCUUGGUAUUUGGUAUGUUUGACCAGUUCUUCACAGCACCGUCAGAUGAAGAACUGGAGAAAUGUGCCAACCAGUGUAAAGAUAUCUCCAGCUCUUUCUAUCAAACUGAACAUUCCAAUCUUAUCCAUUCUUAUGGACUCAGUUCUUUGUAUCGGAUUAACACAAUACUUCGAGCUAUCAAGCAAAAUCGGGCCACAGCCAAACGUUUACGGCUUUCAAUACAAGACCAAUUAGAAGCUUCUAAAGAAAAAAGUAAAAAGCUACAUGACCAUGAAGAACGAUUACUGCGUGUACGACAACUGCACAUGAGUAACAGUUUUAUCUUUUUUUUUUUUUAUAAUUUAUCUGUUAUUCUAAUUCUCUCUUUCCCUUCUCUCUCUCUCUCCCUUUACCCCUUCUCUCUCUCUCUCCCUUUACCCCUUCUCUUCUCUCUCCUUUCUCUCUCUCCCUUUACCCCUUCUCUCUCUCUCUCCCUUUACCCCUUCUCUCUCUCUCUCCCUUUACCCCUUCUCUCUCUCUCCCUUACCCCCUUCUCUCUCUCUCUCCCUCUCUCUCUCUCUCUCUCCCUUUCCCUUCUCUCUCUCUCUCUCCCUUUACCCCUCUCUCUCUCUCUCCCUUUACCCCUUCUCUCUCUCUCUCUCCCUUUACCCCUUCUCUCUCUCUCUCUCCCUUUACCCCUUCUCUCUCUCUCUCUCCCUUACCCCCCCCCAAAAGUUUUUCUUAACCGCACUUUCUUUUUCUUCUCUCUCCUUCCUCUUAAACCUUCCACUUUUAUCUCCUCCCUCUUGGCACCUUGUCUUUUUUAUCUCCUCCCUCCCCCCUCCCACUUUUCCCCCUCCCCUUUCCCCUCCCUCCCUCCCACUUUCCCCUCCCUCCUCCCCUUUCCCUUCUUCCUUCUUGAAGCUCCACUCUCUUCCUUCUUGAAGCUCCACUCUCUUCCUUCUUGA